AGAAUGGGGAACCCCUGACGUGGGGGUGCUCCCCUGCACCCACGGGGAGGGGGCAGGAUGCCCCCUGGCGGGCUGUCUUUCCCCUAACUAGAGGAUGGAGAAGCACCUGGCAAACCCGCUCACUGCUGGUCUGAGUUUCCGACAGUGCAGGCGGCGAUUCGAUUCGCAGCAGGACAAGGCAGGAACCCCGUCCUCAUCGGGGAGUGAGAGACCCACCUCCGCUAGGCGAUGCAGGCUUCCCUGGAGAAGCCCGCGGCUGGCGCCCACGCAGGGAAGCAGCGGGCGCCUCUGCAGAGCAGGUUCCUAAAGGGGGGAUGUUUGUAUUCGCCUCAUUCCGCAACCCCGAAGAUCUUGGUACCAACCCCUGGCUGUCACACCUGGCCCGGGGCGCGGGUACCGCAGACCGCUCCGGGUAACGACGACCCGCACCCUGACGGCGCGGGACUGACGAUGCUGACUCACCGUCCCAUCGUCCGGCGCCCCGCACUGCUGCCGCCGCCACCGCCGCCGAUUCAAACACGGCCCGCGCCCCGCCCGGCCCGCGCCGGCCCCGCCCCUGGUGACGCAAAUGUUAGAUCGACCCGCCCCCGACUUGCCCCGCCCGGAUGACGCAAGCCUCGGGAUGCCCCCGCCCCCGACAUA